AUGGAUAGGCUUUUGUCAUAUGCAUCUAGUUGGGAGGAAUUGAAGGAAAUAGUAGGAUGGAUUUUGAUUGGUAUUAAGAACCUGCAGUCAUGGGUCUCUGAGCGCAAAAGCCUAGAAGAGAGUUUGAGACAGGGAGGUACAAACAAAGGAAAGAUUUCAGGUGAGGAAAGAAUGAAAGAAUUGAAGUUAAAGGCUAGGUCUCAAUCUAAAGAAAAAUUGAAACAUGAAGUAUUGCCUGUAGAUACUAUGGAAUUGGCAGAGAGAGCCGUGAUCAGAUACGUUCAGCAACAGCAUUUCUCUAGAGAGAUCAUCGCUUUGCAAAAGGAUCAAGUGGUUAGCAAGUCUAGUAAACUUUGCAAAUUGAAUCCAGUGAUGAGUGGUGGACUUUUGAGAAUCGGAGGUCGUUUAGGUAAAGCUGAACUUUUAUAUGAUGUCAAACAUCCAGUAGUCCUUCCUAAAGAGUCGCCUGUAUCAAAUCUGAUUCUACAACAAAUACAUAAAGAUGUAGGACAUAUGGGGAGAAAUCUCAUGUUAGCUACUUUAAGACAAAGGUAUUGGAUUCGUCAAGCUAAUGCUGCUGCAAGACAGAUCAUAUCUAAAUGUGUUAUUUGUCGACAUUACAGAGCAAAAACAGGUGAACAAAUGAUGGCAGAUCUGCCAAGAGAGCGACUCACAGCUGAUGAACCACCAUUUACGAACACAGGAGUAGACUACUUUGGACCUAUCUUCGUGAAACGAUGUAGACCUAUAAUUAAACGUUAUGGUGUAUUAUUUACAUGCUUGAACAUAAGGGCUAUACAUAUAGAAGUAGCGCAGUCUUUAGACACUGACUCGUGCAUAAAUGCAGUGAGAAAGUUCAUAGCAAGAAGAGGUGGCGCCAAGGUUUUACGCUCAGAUAAUGGUACAAAUUUUAUUGGUGCAGAACGAGAACUUCGUCAAGCAAUUAAUGAUUGGAACCAUACCAAAAUAGAACAAGCAGUGAGGCAGAAGAACAUAAUCUGGCAGUUCAAUCCACCUUCUGCUUCUCAUUUCGGUGGUGUCUGGGAACGCCAGAUCCGUACUAUACGCAAGAUUCUAUUCUCAUUGUUGAAGGAACAGACCAUUCAUUUAGACGAUGAAGCAUUACAUAUGCUAUUCUGUGAAAUAGAGGAUAUAGUAAAUAGUAGACCUAUUACCAAAGUUUCAGUGGAUCCUAAUGAUCUGUUAGCCUUAACCCCAAAUCAUCUGUUGAAGCUACAGACAGACCAGAGGAUGUCUCCAGGUGUCUUCAAUGAGACAGACAAUUAUGGUCAGCGACGUUGGAAACAAGUCCAAUAUUUGGCUAAUAUAUUUUGGCGACGUUGGACAAGAGAGUAUUUACCCAUGCUCCAAGAGAGGCAAAAAUGGAUGAAGCCUCAGCGAAACUUAAAAAUUGGAGAUAUUGUUUUGAUCGUAGAUGGCAAACAGCCAAGAAAUUCCUGGCCUUUAGCCAAGGUCAUUGAGAUUAUGAGAGAUUAUAAAGGGCUAGUUAGAGUGGUUAAGGUUAAAACAAGAUUUAAUACUUUUGUAAGACCAGUAGAUAAACUUUGUAUGAUUCUUGAAGCUGAUGACAGCUAA